GUCUCAAAUAAGUUUAUUUUAUUUAAGAAGUCUUCAUUUCGGUUGCGCUAUUUCGAAGUACAUACAUACAAUGUCAAUUAGCGACUCUGGGUCAAGGCAUAGUAGUAGUGCAAGGCAAGGCGUAGUGCCCCUGACUGGACCCGGCGGACUGCAGCACUAUGCCACAACAGACCGCCGCUCGAGCGGCAGCCUCAGGAUUUCGGCAUGGAAAGGAUCUCAGAGCUCUCUUUCCAAAGCCUUUCGGUUCAAUACUAAACCCCAUCGCGCCGGCGAUCGCAGCUCCUUCGGCAACUCCACCUCCCCAACGCCUUCGUACACCAGCAGCGAGGGCGGCGGGGGAAUAUACGCUACCAUAGGCUCGCUCCAUCAUCAGCAACAGCAACAGCAUCAUCAUCAGCAGCAACAGCAGCACUAUCAUCAAUUUCUGCCGCCUCCAACCACACCUCCACCGCCUAUUCCCUUGGCAGGUAGCACCAGCAGUAACUACAGUCAUGGUCCGCCGCCGGGCCACCGCGUGAGUGCGCCGCCCACUGGCAGCGUGCUGGAUGGGAGCGGAGUCGAUGCACAGCUACUCUACGAGCAGAGUCGACGACGCGUGAAAAGCAUCAGUGACAUCGGAGCAUCGACCAGUGCGGGCAGUGUGGGGGCGUGUAGUCUGGGCGGCAUAUCAGGUUCCUCGGAGUCGCCCGAAUGAGAAUGGGAGCCGAAUCAGAGCUAGCUAGACAGCAACAACCAAAGAUACUCAGCUGUAUUCCCAUUCCCUUAAUAGUCCCUUCUUAUCUGUUCAUCCCCAAUUUAUGUAGUGUCCCUUUCCAUUCUGGAUUCGAGCUUAGAUUCCAAAGAAAACCAAAAACGCGAAUUCUAUUGUAUUACAGUCAAGUGUCAGACCCACCUUAAAGAUACAAGCAUACAAGAAUCAACAAUUAAAGAUACAUAUAUACCUAUGUCAAGAUACAAAUAAACGAGUAAGCAUUUGAUCAAAUCAGCUAGAACUA